UGACAAGUCUAGAGCAGCACUAGCGCAGAGUGAGACUCAUCAGCUGGCAAGCAGGAUUCGGUGUCUCUGGGUUCAGGAAUCAUCAGGCAGCAGAGAGGACUUGCUCCUCAGCCCCCAUCUCUGCCCCCAUCCCUACCCCGGUAGGCCACCGAGUGAGGUCCAUGGACUGGGGAGGGCCGUGCCUGACGGCUUCUGUGUCUGUCCAUGAGGGCCUGGAGCUCUGACCCUCCUGCCUAGGUUUCUGCCUUUUCUCUCUGUCUUUGGCCCGCUGGGGGAGGGGGUAGAGGCCGGGUGAGCAACAUGGCCCAGAGCAAGAGGCAUAUGUACAGCCGGACGCCCAGUGGCAGCAGAAUGAGUGCAGAGGCAAGUGCCCGGCCUCUGCGAGUGGGCUCCCGUGUGGAGGUGAUUGGAAAAGGCCACCGAGGCACUGUGGCCUAUGUUGGAGCCACACUCUUUGCCACUGGCAAAUGGGUCGGCGUGAUCCUGGAUGAAGCAAAGGGCAAGAAUGAUGGAACUGUCCAAGGCAGGAAGUACUUCACUUGUGAUGAAGGGCACGGCAUCUUUGUGCGUCAGUCCCAGAUCCAGGUAUUUGAAGAUGGAGCAGAUACUACUUCCCCAGAGACACCGGAUUCUUCUGCCUCAAAGGUCCUCAAAAGAGAGGGAACGGACUCAACUGCAAAGACCAGCAAACUGCGGGGACUGAAGCCUAAGAAGGCACCGACAGCCCGAAAGACCACAACUCGGCGGCCCAAGCCCACCCGCCCUGCCAGUACUGGGGUGGCUGGGGCCAGUAGCUCCCUGGGCCCCUCUGGCUCAGCAUCAGCAGGUGAGCUGAGCAGCAGUGAGCCCAGCACCCCGGCUCAGACACCGCUGGCGGCACCCAUCAUCCCCACGCCGGCUCUCACUUCUCCUGGAGCAGCACCUCCGCUACCUUCCCCCUCCAAGGAGGAGGAGGGGCUGAGAGCCCAGGUGCGGGACCUGGAGGAGAAACUGGAGACCCUGCGGUUGAAACGGGCGGAAGACAAGGCGAAACUAAAAGAGCUGGAGAAACAUAAGAUCCAGCUGGAGCAGGUGCAAGAAUGGAAGAGCAAGAUGCAGGAGCAGCAGGCAGACCUGCAGCGACGCCUCAAGGAGGCGCGGAAGGAAGCCAAGGAGGCCCUGGAGGCAAAGGAACGCUACAUGGAGGAGAUGGCUGAUACUGCCGAUGCCAUCGAAAUGGCCACUCUGGACAAGGAGAUGGCCGAAGAGCGGGCCGAGUCCCUGCAGCAGGAGGUGGAGGCAUUGAAGGAACGUGUGGAUGAGCUCACCACUGACUUAGAGAUCCUCAAAGCUGAGAUAGAAGAGAAGGGCUCAGAUGGGGCAGCGUCCAGUUAUCAGCUAAAGCAGCUCGAGGAGCAGAACGCCCGCCUGAAGGACGCCCUGGUGAGGAUGCGGGAUCUUUCUUCCUCUGAGAAGCAAGAGCAUGUGAAACUCCAGAAGCUCAUGGAGAAGAAGAACCAAGAGCUGGAGAUUGUGAGGCAACAGCGGGAGCGUCUGCAGGAGGAGCUGAGCCAGGCAGAGAGCACCAUUGAUGAGCUCAAGGAGCAGGUGGAUGCUGCUCUGGGUGCCGAGGAGAUGGUGGAGAUGCUAACAGACCGGAACCUGAAUCUAGAAGAGAAAGUACGAGAGUUGAGAGAGACCGUGGGAGACUUGGAAGCGAUGAAUGAGAUGAAUGAUGAGCUGCAGGAGAAUGCACGCGAGACAGAGCUGGAGCUGCGGGAGCAGCUGGACAUGGCGGGUGCGCGGGUCCGGGAGGCCCAGAAGCGUGUGGAGGCAGCCCAGGAGACGGUCGCAGACUACCAGCAAACCAUAAAGAAGUACCGCCAGCUGACCGCCCACCUUCAGGAUGUGAAUCGGGAACUGACAAACCAGCAAGAAGCAUCUGUGGAGAGGCAGCAGCAGCCACCCCCAGAGACUUUUGACUUCAAAAUCAAGUUUGCUGAGACUAAGGCUCAUGCCAAGGCAAUUGAGAUGGAAUUGAGGCAGAUGGAGGUGGCCCAGGCCAACCGGCACAUGUCCCUGCUGACGGCCUUCAUGCCUGACAGCUUCCUUCGGCCGGGUGGGGACCAUGACUGCGUCCUGGUACUGCUGCUCAUGCCUCGUCUCAUUUGCAAGGCAGAGCUGAUCCGGAAGCAGGCCCAGGAGAAGUUUGAACUAAGCGAAAACUGUUCAGAGCGGCCCGGGCUCCGAGGAGCUGCAGGGGAGCAGCUGAGCUUUGCUGCCGGGCUGGUGUACUCACUGAGUCUGUUGCAGGCCACGCUCCACCGCUACGAGCACGCCCUCUCUCAGUGCAGCGUGGACGUAUAUAAGAAGGUCGGCAGCCUCUACCCUGAGAUGAGUGCCCAUGAGCGCUCCUUGGAUUUCCUCAUUGAGCUAUUACACAAGGAUCAACUGGACGAGACUGUCAACGUAGAGCCUCUCACCAAGGCCAUCAAGUACUACCAGCAUCUGUAUAGUAUCCAUCUUGCUGAACAGCCCGAGGACAGUACCAUGCAGCUGGCUGACCACAUUAAGUUCACCCAGAGUGCCCUGGACUGCAUGAGCGUGGAGGUGGGACGGCUGCGUGCCUUCUUGCAGGGUGGCCAGGAGGCUUCAGAUAUUGCCCUUCUGCUCCGGGACCUGGAGACAUCGUGCAGUGACAUCCGCCAGUUCUGCAAGAAGAUCCGAAGGCGAAUGCCAGGGACAGAUGCUCCUGGGAUUCCAGCCGCUCUGGCCUUUGGAGCACAGGUGUCGGACACGCUCCUAGACUGCAGGAAACACUUGACGUGGGUGGUGGCCGUGCUGCAGGAGGUGGCAGCUGCUGCCGCCCAGCUCAUUGCCCCACUCGCAGAGAAUGAGGGACUGCCUGUGGCUGCGCUGGAGGAUCUGGCUUUCAAAGCGAGCGAGCAGAUCUACGGGACCCCUUCUAGCAGCCCCUAUGAGUGUCUGCGGCAGUCGAGCAACAUCCUCAUCAGUACCAUGAACAAACUGGCCACAGCCAUGCAAGAGGGCGAGUAUGAUGCAGAGCGGCCCCCCAGCAAGCCUCCCCCAGUUGAGCUGAGGGCUGCAGCCCUUCGUGCAGAAAUCACCGAUGCUGAAGGCCUGGGCUUGAAGCUUGAAGAUCGAGAGACAGUUAUCAAGGAGUUGAAGAAGUCAUUGAAAAUCAAGGGGGAGGAGCUGAGUGAGGCCAAUGUGCGGCUGAGCCUCCUGGAGAAGAAGCUGGACAGCGCUGCCAAGGAUGCAGACGAGCGCAUUGAGAAAGUCCAGACUCGGCUGGAGGAGACGCAGGCCCUGCUGCGGAAGAAGGAGAAGGAGUUUGAGGAAACGAUGGAUGCACUCCAGGCUGACAUUGACCAGCUAGAGGCAGAGAAGGCAGAGCUAAAGCAGCGGCUGAACAACCAGUCAAAGCGCACGAUCGAGGGGCUCCGGGGGCCCCCUCCCUCGGGUAUUGCUACCCUGGUCUCUGGCAUUGCUGGUGAAGAACAGCAGCGAGGAGGUGCCCCUGGGCAGGCUCCAGGAUCUGUGCCAGGCCCUGGGCUGGUGAAGGACUCACCACUGCUGCUUCAGCAGAUCUCUGCCAUGAGGCUGCACAUCUCCCAGCUCCAGCAUGAGAACAGCAUCCUGAAGGGAGCCCAGAUGAAGGCAUCUUUAGCAGCCCUGCCCCCGCUGCAUGUGGCAAAGCUCUCCCCCUCACCUCAUGAGGGCCCUGACAGUGAACUAGCAGCUGGUGUGCUGUAUCGUAAGACCAGCCAGCUGUUGGAGACAUUGAAUCAACUGAGCACACACACCCACGUAGUAGAUAUCACUCGUUCCAGCCCUGCUGCCAAGAGCCCAUCGGCCCAGCUCCUGGAGCAGGUGGCUCAGCUCAAGUCCUUAAGUGACACCAUCGAGAAACUCAAGGAUGAGGUCCUUAAGGAGACCGUAUCUCAGCGCCCUGGAGCCACAGUCCCCACUGACUUUGCCAUCUUUCCUUCAUCAGCCUUCCUUAGGGCCAAGGAGGAGCAGCAAGACGACACGGUCUACAUGGGCAAAGUGACCUUCUCGUGCGCAGCUGGCCUUGGACAGCGACACCGGCUGGUGCUGACCCAGGAGCAGCUGCACCAGCUUCAUGGUCGCCUCAUCUCCUAAGUGCUCCUUCCACCCCAUGCACUUCUACCCUCCGCCCUCCUGGUGCCACUCCACCUGACGCACAGCCUCCGCAGCUAGUCCCCAUUGUAGAACUGUGUGCACAGCUGUUCCUGCCCUGUUCAGCUUUAUUUCCACCUGUCAGUGCCCUGCCCCUGCCCCUUGAUUUGGGUUCCCCUAUUUCCAUUCCUUGGCCUCUGCCAGGAUUUGCUGUUCAGCUGCUCCCUCCUUCCUGAGGGGCCUCAGGGCAUGUGGGGGGUAGGCUGAGACCCCACCACCAAAGGUUCAGUGAGGUUCCCCUGAUAGAGGACUUCACCCCUUGAUUAAAGCAACUUCUGCUUCAGUGCUUUCUGUGUGGUGUUGGCAGUGGGACUUGGGCCUUUUGGUUCAGAGCAGAAGUGGAGGAGAAGGGAUGCUGAGGAGGCUUUGGCUGUGCCAGAUAUGAAGGUCCCUCUCUGUAGAGACCAGUGGAACGGCAUGCCCCUAACACUCAUGUGCACGGAGUUACUGUGAACAAGGGGAAAAGGGCUAGACCAGGGGCUUAGCACCCAAGUUCUUUAUGGAGUUAGGGGAGCUAGGACUUAGGGUCAGCCACCCUACCUCCAUGCAUCUGUCAGCCAGUUCCCACUCACAGCAGAGGGACCUUUCCAGAAUGCAAACUGGGCCAUAUUAUUCCCUGCUUUAAAUCCUGAAAUGGUUCUUCCAACUAAAAUUUCUAAUUUAAAUAAAACCCUGAAGUCGUUUCUCUAAGUAUCUAGAGAUACUUUAAAUUCACUAGAAGUGCACACAAGGCCAUCUGUGUUCUGGGUCUUACCCACCUCUCCAGCCUCUCACGGGGCUACUUGUCCACGUGUGCCUUGUUGUCUUCCCUUAGUGAAUCCCUGCAGUUGCUUUGGCGCCCUGUGCUCUCUCAGGCUCCUUUCCGCUGCCCAGAAUGCCGGCCAUCUCCUGCCCUCUGCUCCCCUGCGUGCCCCACCCCUCCUCAGCUGACAUCCUGUUCAUUUAUUAAGACAGCCCUGGCAUUGCCACCUUAGGAAAUCUCCAAUUCUGUGGCCUCUUGGGUGCUCCCGUACCGGAGGGAGUAGAGAAUGUGAACGUUUUUUCCCAGGUGUGCUUGGAUUUAGUGGCUUUGUUCUUUGACAGGGUUUCUAACCUUUGGUUUGCUUUCUCAAUGGCAGAAUGGGAAGAAUGAUGCCUCCCAGGGUUGCCGUGAAGGCUAAAAGAAAGAACGCAUGCUGGCUUCCAGCACCGUGGCCCGUGCCGGGCAGGCCUGUUUCCCUUCCCAGUGCCUGCACCCACAACACUGCUUCAUACCGGGAAGCAUCUCUAGCCAUUGCAGUCAUCAGUUAACCCUUUGGUUACCCACCGUAGACAGAGUGAGAGUUCCUAGAGGUUGUCUUUUAUCUGGGCAUCCCCCAAAACACAGGGAGAAGAGCACAUGUUUGGGAAGGAGAGCUGUGAACUUCAUUUUGGAAAUGGAUAUGAGGUGCUUGGAAGAAUGUAUGAGUGCAGAUGGCCCUGGGCAGUUGGAGCUGAGGUCUGGAGCUUAGCAGAGAAGUCUGGAUUGGAGAUACAGUUUCGGGGAUGAGUUGUGUCAGUGGUGGUUGGUUUGGAUGAGGUAUAGGAUGAGCAUGAGGUUUAGUCCAGGUCACUUAGAGAACUGAACCAGAGGCAAAGCCAAAGUGUAAUGCUUUAUAGUAACUGCAGUCCCAAAGCACUGUGACUGAGGAAGAGGGCCGGAAACUAGGCAGGGAAGGAGAAGAAACAAGUUUUGUUUUAAUGAGUUGCCCACUGCUUCGCCAAAGCACAGCUAGCCACCUACCCACAUGGGCUGUCUCUGGGGAGACCGUUCACAAGCAUGGUACCUGGCUGCAACAUUACACAGGGGUUGAUGGAGGGGAGGAGAGCAGAUUCGCCUGUUCUCCCUCUUGUCUUCUGUCUUCUGUGGUCCGGUUUGCCCUAUGAGGUGUUGCUCUUCCUCACUUGCUGGGAUUGUAUGACUUGGCCACGGGAAAAGCCAGAUCCCAUGCCCUGUAGUCCCCCAGGUCCUGAAGGAGUACAGUGAACAGAAGGCCACUGGCCUGCAGGACUUGGUCAGGGCAGAGCAAGCGACUGAUGGCUUGGAAAUCAGGUGAGGCCACAAGUCACCUGAGGAGAGUGUCUAGGCAGAGGGAGGGCAGAGCCCUGGGCAGUUCUGAGUAUUGAAGAGCCUGCUGUAGAGCCCAGGGCAACAUUCACUGGAGCAGAGGCCCCCAGAGGAAAUGUCAGGGCCAAGGAGGAGAGAUUGAGGAGAGGUAGUCAACAGCCUCUAAUACAGCUCAGAGGCAAUGUGUCUGCGUUCUAGAAAGUUGCAUCUGAUUCUCAGAUGCCUGGUGAGCUGAGCAGUCUCAGUGGGUUAGAGGGAGUAGGAACUGGGUCAUGGUGGCAAGAAGGGGGGGAGAGCAGCAUGUGUGUACUGUGUCCCAAUGUUCAGUCAAUGUUCAAUUGUGGAAGCUGGCCAGCAGAUGGCAGACCGCUGACACAAGCAUCAUUGCCUGUGAAUAGUGAUGGGAGCUGCUUAUGGGGCCCACGAGGGUUCGGGAAACUGGGAUGUGAUGAUGGGGGGAGAGAGGCCUAGUGAGGCACUCGGUACAAGGAUUGGGGAGAGCAUGGGAAUGGCCUCCUUUGGUCCAUCCACCCAGCUGACAGCUGUGACGUGAGAACCAAGCAGACUGGCUAGCCAUUGGCAGGGGCAUGGUAUGAGCAGCCUCAAUCUUGUCAACUAGAAAUCUCUUUUUGGUGUUCUUGGGCAGAUUCUCAAGGUCAAUGGCACUUUCCCCAAUAUGGUGGCAGCUUUGUGAAGUAAGAAUAAGGCUCAUACUCCAGCUCUUCCAUUUAUAAGCUGUGGGAAUUUGGGCAAGUUCCUAAUCUUGUCCUCAAUUUCUGUGUCUGUACUGGGGCUAAUCGCACCUUUCUCAGGUGUAUCCCUUCCGGAGGUAAUCUUCAGGGCAAGAGCAAGUGAAAUAGCAUGCUUCACCCAGGUACUCAAUAAAAAAAGAUACUUGGGAGGGGCUGAUACUGAACAAAUGGAAUGACAUAUAAGCAGUCAUGUUCCGAAGACAUAGAUUUAUGAUGCAAAUAAUAAAUUUUGGGUCCCAAAGGAGAGGCAGUCCUUGGUGCCCAGCUUUCGGCUUGUUUUUUGGGCAGUUACCAUCUUACUCGCUACCGUCCAGGCACUAUUUCCUCUUCUUAGUGGGCCAAGCCUUAGGGAGAGUCAAAGUCACCCCAGUUGAAUUUGCUUGCUUAGUUCCCAUUUUUUGUGCUACCUGAUGGUGGGGAACAGGAGUGGAGGCAGUAUGGAGACUUGAAUCUCUGUUGGCUCACCCUGGGAAACGUGCCAGGCCCCAGAGCCCAUCGUGCCCUACCCAGCCCUGGGGCUGAAAGCAAACAAAACUUCUUAGGAUGGAAUACCUUGACCCCUGGCAGAGAGGCCUAGGGGCACCUAGAGAACAUGGGCUCUGAGGGUAAGGGCUCCUCCUGCCUCCCUGUGGGUGUACGCUCCAUGUAGCCCUCUCCUUGAGGUAUAUUGAGAAACCUGUCACUCAUCCAGGCUGCUUUCAUCUCUACCACGUAUGCCAGCUGGAACGGGCACUGCUGCUCCCGGGGACGCAGGGUGGCUACUGCUGACGUGCGCAAAGGGCCAGCCUGGCAUGUUUGACCUCCAUUCCUCUCCGGAAGCCUGGGGAGUUGGGGAGUGAGACCUGGACUCAUCUUGCUCAAAUAAUGUGUCAGAGUAAAUAUAUGUCUGUCACCCUA